AUGCCAGAUCCCACAUACUUCACUUGCACUCUUGGACAAGCCAAACCGUAUAAGGAAAAUGAUGACUUCACGAAUAUCAACGACUUUAUUCGGCAAGCAGCAGAAUCAGAUCCUGAGACUCCAGCAGUGGGGUCUUACAUACCUGGCAGCAACGGCGACGAGGAGUGGCAAACACGAGUGUUGAACUUUCGAGAGCUCCUUCAAGGAUCCUGUGCGACAGCACAACUUAUCGCCAAACCGGUCAGCAUACCGCAUGGGGAAACUGUAGGAUUGCUGAGCUCGAGUACUCCGGAAUUCCUCUUUGCAUGGCUGGGAUUGAUGAGGCUUGGCCACCCUGUCCUGCUGAUUGCGCCACAAUGCUCACCGACUGCUAUUGCUGGGCUGUGUAAGCAAUGCAACGUUAAGAAGCUCUUUCAUGACGAAGCAUAUACAGACUUGGCAGGAAAGAGCGCGAACGUGGAAUUGGCCACCCAUCUGUUACCAUUCAAUGCAGACAAGAGUCCGUUCGAGCUCGCACAGCAGCCUCUGACGAAACCCGUGCCAGAUAGCAAUGCUGCGAGGGACGAUACUGCCUACCUUCACCACAGUUCCGGGACGUCUUCCAGUGUGCCAAAGCCGAUUCCGCAAACGCAUUAUGGUGGUGCCGGAGCCUAUGCCAGGUUUGAUGGCACCAAACACGCCACUUUCACAACAACGCCGUUAUACCAUGGCGGUGUCGCAGACUCGUUCCGGGCGUGGACGAGUAGGGCUCUCAUUUGGCUGUUCCCCGGAAAGGAUGUCCCGAUCACUGGUUCCAACAUCAUCAAAUGCUUGGAGGUAGCAGCAAAGACCGAUGCGCCUCCAGUGAAGUACUUCGCCUCAGUUCCUUAUGUGCUCGAAAUGAUGGCUGCAGAAGACAAAGGCAUGAAAUUCCUUCGCGGGAUGGACAUCGUCGCUGUCGGAGGUGCCGCCUUACCAUCGGAAGUGGGUAAUCGUCUAGUUGAUCAGGGCGUUAACCUCAUAUCCCGGAUGGGCAGUGCGGAGUGCGGCUUCCUCAUGUCGUCCCACCGCGAUUACGAACAAGACCGCGAAUGGGAAUAUCUGCGGCCAGAUGGAGGGGUGAACUUCGAGGAGAGAGAUGAUGGCUUGUGCGAGCUCAUAGUACCUCCUACCUGGCCAUUCAUCUCCAAAGUUGACAAGGUCAGUGAGGAUGGGUCCUUCGCCACUCGUGAUCUGUUCAAACGACAUCCCACUAUUCCGAACGCAUGGAGGUAUGAUUCGAGGGCAGACUCGCAAUUGACGUUGAUCACUGGUAAGAAGUUCGAUCCUGCACCUCUUGAAGACAGCUUGGCUGUGAAGUCAUCGUCGGUACAGGAUGUUUUGAUCUUUGGCAACGGCCGUCCCUGUCCUGGCGCUUUGGUGUUUCGAUCUUCCGCGGCUGCGGACGUCUUAGACGAAGACUUACUCAAGGACUUCGCUCCCGCCGUUGAAGAGGUGAAUCGAGACAGCCAAGGUCAUGCGCGGAUACCGAAAAGCAUGUUGGUUCCGAUGCCUUACGCUGAGAAGCCGCUCGAGAAGAGUAGCAAAGGCACAGUUCUUCGCAAAAUAGCAGAAGAGCGGUAUGCCUCGGAAAUUGAACAGGCGUAUGAGAAAGAACCGUCUGGCAAGGUCGAAGUUGCCGAUGACGAUGUAGAGUCGUUCGUCUCUGAUGCCGUCUCGUCGAUUGUGUCCGCCACGAGCGCUGAAUCGAAACUGGAGUCAGACACGGAUCUGUUUGCGUAUGGCGUCGACUCGGUGGCCUGUAUCCAAAUCAGGCACGCUGUCUCUCGUCUGUUGCCGCAAGGCAGUAAACGUCUACCAUUGACUAUCGUCCAGGACACUGGAAGCAUCAAACAGCUCAGCAAAGCGUUGAUUGAUCUUCGCCAUGAUCGAAAUCCAGAGUCCUCAAGCACUGAUGAGCAGACGAAGCUGAUGCGCAGCUUUGUCGAAAAAUAUAGCCAGCUUGACUCAUAUGUCGCUGCGCAGCUUCAUCAGUCAACACUCACACCGCCUCGCACGCCGUCGCCAACUCAGACGGAGCCGAGAAAAACUAUACUUCUCACCGGAAUGACUGGCUCUCUCGGUAGCCACUUACUGUGCCAGCUCGUAACACGUUCUGAAGUGUCACGCAUUCAUGUGCUCGUGAGAGGCGCCAGCCAGCAAGCGGCAGAGGAGAGAGUGAGAAAGGCGCUGGUCAGCAGAAAAUUGCCUGUGCCGACAGACUUUGAACGCAAAGUCACCAUUCAUAUCAGCAACCUUUCAGCAUCCCACCUGGGCCUUGCAGCCGACGUAUACGCGAAGCUGGCUGAGGAGGUCGACACCAUUUUUCAUCUCGCUUGGGCGGUAGAUUUCAUCCUGCCUUUGAAAGGCUUCCGUCAGCAUUUUGCAGGUCUCCAGAACCUUCUCAAUCUCUCGUUACAACAUUCGAAAUAUGGGUCAAGUCCCGGGUCAUCAAAGGCGGCGCGGCUCAUCUUUUGCUCGAGCACUGCUUCGGUGGCAUCAUAUAGCCAGAUCAGAGCUGGAGAGGAGGUCCCAGAGGAAGUUCAGGCUGACGCACAGUGCAGCGGAAACAUCGGCUACUCUCGAUCCAAGUGGGUUGCAGAGAAUAUCUGCCUCCAAGCGGUCAAGGUGCACCCCGAGCUAGCGAAUGCUGUCAGUGUUGUACGAGUCGGCCAGCUGAGCGGAGACACCGUCAAUGGCGUAUGGAACAAGAGCGAAGCGUAUCCAUUGAUGUUGAGCAGCGCCAAAGUGACCGGCUGCCUACCAGAUUUGCCGCGUGAAAGCGUUGGCUGGCUGCCCGUGGAUACAGCUGCGCAAGCCUUUAUCGAGCUCGGACUGAGCCAACAGAGCAAGAUACCAGAACCGUCUUCGAGGAACGAGAAUGUCCAGGUGGUUCACCUGCUCAAUCAGGACCGUACGACCACCUGGAAGAUGCUCCUGGGCUGGCUCGAGAAUGCCGAAGGUAUCAAAGCCGUUAGCCCCAGAGAGUGGCUCGCCAAGCUUGAAGACAUUUCUGCGCCUGCAAACGAACACGAAUCUCAUCCAUCGCUGAAGCUCUUGGACUUCUGGAAAAGCGCGUACGGGGCAGACGCGUCGAGUGAAGGGGAUUCGCCGGCAACAGCUGAGUUUCAGACGGAAGAGACGCUUCGCUUCAUGCCAGUAUUGCGCUCUGUCCAGCCAGUGGACGAUAAAUAUGCGCUGAAAUUGUGGCUAUGGGUUAGAGAUAGUGUGUAACAUGUGAUAAUGAAUAUGUAGACGCC